CGGAGGAAAGCGCAAAGGGAAAAGCAAGAAGUGGAAGGAAAUCCUGAAAUUCCCUCACAUCAGCCAGUGUGAAGAUCUCCGAAGGACUAUAGACAGAGAUUACUGCAGUUUAUGUGACAAGCAGCCGAUCGGGAGGCUGCUGUUCCGGCAGUUCUGCGAGACCAGGCGGGGGCUGGAGUGUUACAUUCAGUUCCUCGACUCCGUGGCAGAAUAUGAAGUUACUCCGGAUGAAAAGCUGGGAGAGAAAGGGAAGGAAAUUAUGACGAAGUACCUCACCCCAAAGUCUCCAGCGUGCAUCACCCGGGUCAGCCAGGACCUGGUCUCCCAGACAGAGGAGAGGCUCCGCCAGAGGCCCAGCAAGGAACUCUUCUCUGCAUGUGCGCAAUCUGUCCACGACUACCUUCGGGGAGAACCCUUCCAAGAAUACCUGGACAGCAUGUAUUUCGAUCGCUUUCUCCAGUGGAAAUGGCUGGAAAGGCAACCAGUGACCAAAAACACUUUCCGGCAGUACCGCGUGCUGGGCAAAGGGGGCUUCGGGGAGGUGUGCGCCUGCCAGGUCCGGGCCACAGGUAAGAUGUAUGCCUGCAAGCGCUUGGAGAAGAAAAGAAUCAAGAAGAGGAAAGGGGAAUCCAUGGCGCUCAAUGAGAAGCAGAUUCUGGAGAAGGUCAACAGUCGGUUUGUGGUCAACCUGGCCUACGCCUACGAGACCAAGGAUGCGCUGUGCUUGGUUCUCACCAUCAUGAACGGAGGUGACCUGAAGUUCCACAUCUAUAACAUGGGCAACCCCGGCUUCGAGGAGGAGCGGGCCUUGUUUUACGCAGCUGAAAUCCUGUGCGGCCUGGAAGACCUCCACCGGGAGAACACGGUCUACAGAGACUUGAAACCUGAAAACAUCCUGUUGGACGAUUACGGCCACAUCCGGAUCUCCGACCUGGGUCUGGCCGUGAAGGUGCCCGAGGGAGACCUGAUCCGUGGCCGGGUGGGCACCGUUGGCUACAUGGCGCCCGAGGUCCUGAACAACCAGAGGUACGGCCUGAGCCCUGACUACUGGGGGCUGGGCUGCCUCAUCUACGAAAUGAUUGAGGGCCAGUCACCCUUCCGCGGCCGCAAAGAGAAGGUGAAGCGGGAGGAGGUUGACCGCCGGGUCCUGGAGACCGAGGAGGCCUAUUCCCACAAGUUCUCCGAGGAGGCGCGGUCCAUCUGCAAGAUGCUGCUCACCAAAGAUGCCAAGCAGAGACUGGGCUGCCAGGAAGAGGGGGCUGCCGAGGUAAAGAGACACCCCUUCUUCAGAAACAUGAACUUCAAGCGCUUAGAAGCCGGAAUGCUGGACCCUCCCUUCGUUCCCGACCCCCGAGCCGUGUAUUGUAAGGACGUGCUGGACAUUGAGCAGUUCUCCACCGUCAAGGGCGUCAACCUGGACCACACAGACGACGACUUCUACUCCAAGUUCUCCACAGGCUCCGUGUCCAUCCCAUGGCAAAAUGAGAUGAUUGAGACCGAGUGCUUCAAGGAGCUGAACGUGUUUGGACCCAACGGUACGCUCUCGCCCGACUUGAACAGAAGCCACCCACCCGAGCCGCCCAAGAAGGGGCUGCUCCAGAGAAUCUUCAAGCGGCAGCAUCCGCACAACUCCAAGAGUGCACCUAAUUCCAAGACCAGUUUUAACCACCACAUCAAUUCCAACCACGUCAGUUCAAACUCCACCGGAAGCAGCUAGUUUCACCUCUGGCUUUACCCUUCACAGUGGAACCAGCCAAAACCCUUCCAGUCGGAUGUGGAACUGGGGACACGGAACUGGUGGCCAGUGGCACCUCUGCUCUGGCCAGGCAGUUAGGGAGCCCCUCCCAGAACCAAGGACGGGGGCAGCUGCCCCUCAAAGGAGAGCCUCGAGGUUUCUCAAAUUCCCACUCAGGUCUGUUUUCAGAGGUGGCCUGGGGCCGGCGUGGUGAGGGUCUGUCCCUGUUAGCCAUCGCAAUAGGAAUCCAAUUGGCUAUGACAACUUGCACGUCUUUUAAUAGCGUCCUAACUAGAACUGAAUUUUGUCUUUAUUAUUUUUAAAGAAAAAGUUUUGUAAAUUUCUCUAUUGUCUCAGUUUACAUUUUGUAUAUUUGUAUUUAAAUGAAAGUCAGACUUUGAGGGUGUAUAUUUUCUGUGCAGCCACUGUUAAGCCAUGUGUUUUAAGACAUUUUAGGAGGGGGGAUUUACAAAAAAAAAAAAGAAAGAAAAACAAACAAAAUCCUGCGUCUCAGCUUCCCGAGCCUUGGCUGAGAAGACAUUUUCAUUAAAUGUAGAAGAUGGUCC